GCGGCGCAUUGCAGACGCUUUCGGUAGCGAGAAGCAUCCUCUUCGCUUAGGAGUCGCCAGAUCCUGCCCCCUGCGCUUCCUCAAUCUCAUAUCCUCGUGCUUGUCCACCUCGAGGUGGCGCUGCCGCUCUGCCAUCCUGUUCACUUUUUUUUUUCCUUGCACCCUUGAGCGGCUGUGCUCUUCAUUCCUUCUUUUCUUGUCGAUCUUUUGGUCUUUCGUAAAGCAGCUGGUCUGCGCUCUUGACUCGUAAUUCCUUGCACAUCCCCCCCUUCUCUAUUUCUUUGGAUUCGCAGUGGGCGAGACGGGUCCUCGCCUUUGUUCUUCAAGUGGCAGUGGGAAUUUGAUAUGGUGGCGCAAAGAUUGCACAGGCAGCAAGUAGAUUGGCAUUAGUGGCAGCGUUGAUCCGGAGACGAUAGCGAUGCGUGGCAUGAUUGCUGAACGCCGCCUUGCUCGGCGGCAGGGCGCAGCGCAGAGAGCAGCGGGCGAUCACGAAGCGGCGAAAAGGGAGAUGGUGGUGGAGUUCUCUGGUCUGGGCGCGCGAAAUGACGACUGGAAAGGGGAAGGGGCUUGGGGCGGACUCGAAGCGGAAGUCACGGCCGAUGAGAGCGAUGACAGUAGCGACAGCGACGACGACGAUGAUGACAACAACACUUCCAACCCCGACGACGACGACUUUGCCGCCGCCGGCUCAAAAACCACCGCCGCCCCCGCCCUCAGCGCCGACCCCGCUCCUACCGGCAGCUUCCGCGUGGAAAAGCACGAGCACGAGCACGAGCACGAGCACGAGAGCGAGCAUGAAGACAGCGAUAACGACGAAAAAGACCUUGCCGAGACUCUGACCGCGGAUACGCCUUCGCCUUCGCCCUCGCCUACCUCUUCGCUCUUUGCGCCUGCUGCCCUGAGGUCCCAUGACGCUGGCUCGCCCAUCGGGAUCCCGCCGCCAUAUCCGCCUCCUCCUCCAAAGCCGGCAAUGUCUGAGACCACGGAACAUGUCCUGAUCGCCGUCGCGGCUAUCGUCGUGACUCUCAUCGUCACCGGCUUCAUCCUUGGCUUCUAUGUCAUGCGCAGGAAUGGCCUGACCCUCCGCGAUGUCUUCAACAAGUCCAAGAGAGGCCGCUCCAGGCCCGAUAGGACCAUUGAUAUCUCCCGGCCCGCUCCACAGGCCCUGCGCUUCAACGCCUACGUUUCGCCCGAAGAUGGAUGGAACAAAGAGUACGGAGCCGCGCCUUCUGCGAAGGACCAUCCUCUGCCGCCGCAACCGUCAAUUACGCGAUCCGAUACCUCGCUGUCAAAGUCGGGCCGUCAUCACACUGAAUUCCUCAGUCCAUCUUAUGGAGAACCCACUACGCCAAUCUACAGCCAGUCCAACCGCAGCUUUUUGGAAGAAGAAACGCCACCGCGCAGAGGAUCUGCCCGCCACACUCGCGACAUUAGCGACGCAUCACUCAACCUGCCCAUCCAAAAGCGUUCCUUAUCCAUCAAGCGUAACAACCAGGACAGCGAACCACCGGUGCUUCCGCGCCUUCUGACCGGACCCAGCCCCGAAACCGACUCACUGCGCGGCGAAGAUGACUUUGUCUCGCCGAAUCCGCCCGCGCCGACCUUCCAGCAGUUCCUCGCGAACCGGCCCGGUAGCCGGCGCAUGACGGCUUCAAAGUCGCAGCAGCCCAUGGCAAGCCACUUCAGCUGGACGACGGCCCAGACACCGACAACGCCGCGCGACCCUUCGCGCGAGAGCGGCCUCUCAGUCGCGUCGAGCCACAGCAGCGUCGGACGCUUCCGCACCGUGGACAGCUGGGUCGGCGCACAGACUAACCGUCUGCCGUCGAUGCAGCUGCGUGGUGGCCUGGAGCAACUCAACGAGAACGAGGCACGCUCUCAGUUCGAGGUCCCUGAUGUGCCAGGCGUACCUGAGAUGUACAAGGACCACAACGGACAUCAGCGCAACCCCAGCGAUGCGACUGUCUUCCGGCAGCAUCCGGGCACAGAAGUCGUGAUUCCGCGCGGCAGUCUCGUGCCGAGUGAGAUUUUGAAUGAGCGCACGUAUCACUCUGCUCUGUGAGCGAGUGAAGGAUAUGGAUUAGUGAAUCGGGGGUGAAUUGAACGGGGCUCUUUAGUUUCAGGGCCCUUCUUGCUGUUGUCUUUUUUGUUUUUCUAGAGAGCAUUGUCGCCAUCGUCAUCGUUCAGCAUUACAUUUUGAGAUACCAGCCUGGUGGCAUCGGGAACGGGAGGGAAGGGGAAGGGAAAGCAUGAACGCAUGAUGGGAAGGCGGAAAGGAAAAGAAACGGAAGAAAGAACCGUACUUAAACUCAAUAAUCGCAAACUUAUUCAACCUUUGCCCUUCACUCGAUCCUCAUCGUCAAGCUUGGAUCUAUGCCCCUCUUCUUCCCGUAUUCCAUAUUUAUAAUAUACGCCCACACACGAAAGGCU